GCUGCAGGGGGAAAGCAGACAGCUCUCUGAGCAAUAGAGUCACACAUUGACUCUCUCCCUCUCCCUCCUCCUCUUCCUCUUGCAGGCUUUGCUUUCUUUUGCACUUUUUACAUAUAGAUCUCCUUUUAGUUGCUGCUUUAACUGGAAAGUUUACAGUUAGUAAACACCUUUUUAUAUACCUCCUUUAGUUAUCCUGGGCAGAGAGUUUUAACUUUAAAUUGGGGCACAUAUUCCAAAGAAGCAGGCUGAAAAGUUCCGACUGCCUGCCUUCCACGCUAGUUCAACUUCCAGGGCUAGUUCAACUUAAGCUCUUCUAACCUAUUAAAGUAACACCAGGCUGGAAAAACUUCCUGCUUAAGGAUCCCAUUUCUUAGUAUUGAUUCUUUUCAUUUGACAAGUCUUGUCUACUUCUCAGGACCUGCUUUAGAAGUAACCCACGACACUCCCAUUCAAAAGUCCCAACCUAGAGACUGGUCCUCAGGGACCUGAGUGCAGAAGCAAGCAAGAAUAAGAGAAGAAGUACAUUGAUUCAUUCAGAUGUGCUCUUGAUGAAAUCUCUUUAGAUUUAUUCCUUAAAGCGUCUUUCUUUUUAUUUUUUAUUUUUGUGUGUGAACACAUUUUUGUGGAGGAUUAGCUGUAGACAUUACCGGACUCGUGAUGGUUCUUCUGUCACUUUGGUUUAUAUUAGCUGUGGCACUGAUAGACUGCAAGACUUCAGCUGAACAGGCUGGCAAUGAAGGAAACACCCGAAUAGAUGUAGACAGGAUACUAGGAGAGUAUGAACUGGUAACACCAAUAAGUACAAACGCAGAGGGACACCACGUUUCCAAUGUUGUGUCCAUAAGUCAGAAAAGGAGGUUAAAGAGAGACACAUCACAUAGCCGUCAACCUCUCUACUUCAAUGUUACAGCAUUCGGAAGAGAAUUCCACCUUAAAUUAAAGCCAAACACUCGACUUAUUGCUCCAGGGGCUGUUGUGGAGUGGCAUGAUGAUGACCCUGUGGACAGUGAAAACAGAAGCCAUAUUGGAAAUACAACCUAUGCUGCAAAUAACACAGAGGAAAUCUGGAAAAAAGAGCCACUGUGGACUAAUUGUGCUUAUGUCGGAGAAGUAACGGAUAUUCCUGGAGCAUCUGUUGCAUUGAGCAACUGCGAUGGUCUGGCUGGAAUGAUACGCACAACUGAAGAUGAAUUUUUCAUUGAACCUCUUGAAAAAGGUAAACAAAAGCAUGAGGAAGAUGGCAGAAUACAUGUAAUAUAUAAAAGAUCAACUGCAAAGAAAAUGUUACCUGAAGACAUCCCAAACAGAUCAGAUUGGUCUGGCCUUGAUGAUUUGGAGAGUGUGUACAGCAGUGUGGAGAGACAAGUGAACGAGACUCUUAGACGACGCAGGCACACAACAGACAAUGAUUACAACAUAGAAGUGCUGCUUGGAGUAGAUGACUCUGUUGUCAGGUUCCAUGGUAAAGAACACGUUCAGAACUACCUCCUUACCCUCAUGAACAUUGUUAAUGAAAUUUAUCACGAUGACUCCAUUGGUGCUCACAUUAAUGUAGUCCUGGUCCGAAUGAUUAUGCUUGGUUAUGCAAAGUCUAUCAGUUUGAUUGAAAGAGGAAACCCAUCAAGAAGUCUUGACAAUGUGUGCCGAUGGGCAUACCAACAGCAAAAAUCUGACCCCAACCAUUCUGAACACCACGACCAUGCAAUUUUUUUGACAAGACAAGAUUUUGGUCCUGCUGGAAUGCAAGGCUAUGCUCCAGUGACUGGAAUGUGUCAUCCUGUAAGAAGCUGCACGCUGAACCAUGAAGACGGUUUCUCUUCUGCCUUUGUGGUUGCCCAUGAAACUGGCCAUGUUCUAGGUAUGGAACAUGAUGGACAAGGAAAUCGAUGUGGAGAUGAAACAAGCAUGGGCAGUGUUAUGGCUCCUCUGGUGCAAGCAGCGUUCCAUCGGUAUCACUGGUCUAGAUGCAGUGGGCAAGAGCUGAAGAGACAUAUACAUUUGUAUGAUUGCCUCCUGGAUGACCCAUUUGAGCAUGACUGGCCGAAACUUCCAGACCUCCCGGGAAUUAACUAUUCUAUGGAUGAACAGUGCCGCUUUGACUUUGGUGUGGGCUACAAAAUGUGCACAGCUUUCCGUACAUUUGACCCUUGCAAGCAGUUGUGGUGCAGCCAUCCAGAUAACCCAUAUUUUUGUAAGACCAAGAAAGGUCCUCCUCUCGAUGGAACAGAAUGUGCUCCCGGAAAAUGGUGCUACAAAGGUCACUGUAUGUGGAGAACCACUAACCAAGUCAAACAAGAUGGCAAUUGGGGGGCAUGGUCAAAAUUUGGAUCCUGUUCAAGAACUUGUGGUAUUGGUGUCCGUUUUAGAACACGUCAAUGCAAUAGUCCAAUGCCAGUGAAUGGCGGCCAAGACUGUGUUGGACUGAACUAUGAGUAUCAGUUGUGUAACACUGAAGAAUGUCCUAAGCACUUUGAAGACUUCAGAGCACAGCAAUGUCAGCAGAAGAACUCCCACUUUGAAUUUCAGAAUUUAAAACAUCAUUGGCUGCCCUACGAGCAUCCUGAUACCAAUAAAAGAUGCCAACUCUAUUGCCAGUCCAAACAAACAGGAGAUAUUGCAUCAAUGAAGCAACUUGCACAUGAUGGGACUCGCUGUUCCUACAAAGACCCAUAUAGCAUUUGUGUGAGAGGAGAGUGUGUUAAAGUUGGCUGUGACAAAGAAAUUGGAUCCAAUAAAAUAGAGGAUAAGUGUGGGGUGUGUGGAGGAGAUAACUCUCACUGCAGAACUGUGAAGGGAACAUUUACAAGAACACCAAAAAAGACAGGGAAAACAAGAGGAGCAUUCACAAUACCUAAGGGAGCUCGAAACAUCUCCCUUACCGAAUCAAGAGGGUCAAAAAAUACAGUGGCCAUUAAAAAUCAGGCUACAGGACAUUACAUUCUGAAUGGAAAAGGUGAAGAAGCAAAGUCGCGAUCCUUUAUAGAUCUUGGUGUGGAAUGGGAGUACAUUAUUGAAGAUGAUAUUGAAACCAUACACACAGAUGGACCUUUGCAUGAUGCUAUUGUAGUUUUGGUUAUACCCCAGGAGAACGACACAAAGUCCAGCUUAUCCUACAAAUACAUCAUUCACGAAGACUCCCUGCCAUCCAUAAAUAAUAACAACGUACUGCAGGAAGAACUUGAUACUUAUGAGUGGGCUUUAAAGACUUGGUCUCAGUGCUCAAAACCAUGUGGCGGAGGUUUCCAGUAUACAAAAUAUGGUUGCCGAAGGAAAAGCGAUAACAAAAUGGUUCACCGUAGCUUCUGUGAAGCCAACAGGAAGCCAAAACCUAUCCGCCGAAUGUGCAAUCUACAGGAGUGUACACAGCCAGUCUGGGUAAGUGACGACUGGGAACACUGUACAAAAAGCUGUGGGAGUUCUGGCUAUCAGAUUCGUGUUGUACGGUGCAUUCAACCCCUUCAUGACGGUACAAAUCGCUCAGUUCACAGCAAGUAUUGUAGUGGCGAGCGUCCAGAGAGCAGACGAGCAUGCAACAGGAAUCCCUGCCCUGCACAAUGGAAGACUGGUGCCUGGUCUGAGUGCUCUGUAACCUGUGGUGAAGGUAUUGAAGUGAGACAAGUCCUAUGUCGUUCAGGUGAUCAAUGCGAUGGAGAGAAACCAGAAUCUAUAAGGGAAUGCAAGCUAGCUCCUUGUAAUGACGAACCAUGCCUAGGCGAUAAGUCCAUAUUCUGCCAAAUGGAGGUACUUGCACGAUAUUGUUCAAUUCCCGGCUACAACAAGCUAUGCUGUGAAUCCUGCAGCAAACGCAGCACUCAGUCACCCCUAUUCCUCACAGAGGCAGCAGAAACUGAAGAUGAACUUUCUUUUGAUCCCAGUGCAUCAAGAGCAGGAAUGAUCCCCCCAUCUUUAUCAUCUGACAACGAAGAAAUGGAAUCUGAAGCUAGAAGCCUUUUGACUAUUCUUUCUUCCAUAGAAAACAAUGCAGAUCUUGGGCUAGUGUCUCCAACAGAGAAUCGGGCAAAGGCAUCAGAUCCUGCAUUAAGAAGAUCACAACUAGCAGCAAGCAAGACUUUUAAACUUGUUGCCGUUCCCCCAUCUGCAGCAACUCAUAGCAGCAACAUCCAUGCACAUAAAUCAUCAGGGGCGGCCAUGCCGCUUGCAGCAGGUGCUAACAGCAGUUCAACAGGUGAUGUUUCUUCAGUAAAAACCCAGAAAAGAAAUGAUAAGCCUCAAGAGAGGAGACGUUAUUUACAGUCAUCCUCAAUAGAAAGAUGAACCUUAAUAUUUAGAGACUUGAGCAAAAGGACACAAUGGUGCUUUCUGCUUUAAAAAAAAAGUGCAAAGUGCUGGUUCACUUACUCCUUCAUCCAUUUUCCAACUGCUCUUUGCUUUCAUUUUUAACUUGAAAAUAUUAUAGGAAAAAACACCAAAGAUUCCCAAUAACGAUUUGCUGAAGAUUUCUGGCCAUUGAUGGGUUCAUUCGCUGGCUCAUAACCAUGAAUACUUUUGGUGUUCUUUUUUCCUUUUGAAACCAGGUGACACUUUUUUUCCACCUCUAAAGACAAAUUUCUCCAGCUGUUGUGUAGAUGUUUGAAUGUUGCAAAGUCAGUAUUAUUUUUCAUUUUUUUCUGAUUAUGUAUUGUUUACUGGUUCAGUUUUUUUUUUCCGGUGCUAUUUGCCUGUCAGUACAAUCUACCUUACAUUCCACGAGGUGAAUCUUUUCCAUGAAUCCUAAUCCAGUGGUUCUAUAUGACAUGUUGAUUUGACUAAAGUAUUCCUCAUCAUCUUGAAGGGUAUUGUAACUGUCACUUACAAACAUUCAGGAACAUCUCAUUGGCAAGACAAAGCAUGUCUUUUAAAACCACUUUGCCUACUAUCACUGUACAGUUAUCCCUAUCUGCACUUAGGUGUUGGUUAUAUUAUACUGGAAAAAGAAGUUGCAAUAGAAGAAAAAUACACUCAUUAUAUAAUGGAAGAUAAUAGAUAUAUCUCCCAAUCUUAGAAAAUCAUUCCAUAAAUGCAAUACAAACUUCUUGUUCAACAUGACCAUGCCUAGAAGCACCAAAACGAAAUGUGUGAUUUAGGAAAUCUACAUUAUUUUUCAGUGAGGGCUUCCUUGUUGUGGUCCAAGAAUUAGAACUAUCCCACCAAAAUAGGGAAGGUAUUUAGUAGAGUCUAAUCUACCUGGAAGAAGAUGUUUCAUCUUACAUUUGGAAGAUGCACAUGGAACAGUAGUUAAUGUUGUAGAAGGAACUCAAAUGGACAACCUCUUUAUUGAGAGGAAGUAAAGAGAAGUAGAAUAGACUUACUAACAAAAUGACAAUUUCAUUUGUUCUAAUGAAAGGAGCCAUGAGCUCCAAGCAACAAAUAACUAACCACCGUUUAGUCAUUGCACAUUUUUACCAUAAAAGGAAUCAUUAUUCCAAAUACCAAUCACAGACCAAAGAGAGAUAUUUAUUUUAUUAUUUUUCUUUUUUUUUUUUGCAAAUCUCACCUCACAUUUCACGACCACAAUGCUUCUGACUGCAAUAAUAUAUAUGCAACAUGGUCUCCAAGAUCAUAUUUUUUCACCAAUUUCACCAGUCUCGCUCUCUCAUGUAGCUGUAAAGUACUUGUAUAUAGAAUAUAAAAGUGAAGAUAUUUAUUAAAAAUUGAUUUUCUUGAUAGAUUUUAUUUACUGAAUAUUUACAAUGAUAGCAUCCGCAUAGUUUCUCUUGUCUAUAUUAAAAAGCAGGUAAGCAAUUUGCACGACAGUCCUUUGCAAACAUAGGUUAUAAGCUAAACCAGAAACUACUGCAUAAAAUAUGGCACUCAAGACCAAGUAUUUGAUGAAUCCUUUUCAUGUAAAACUUAACUAGUUUAAAAUUUGACAAACAAUUUCUAUUGAAAGAAUUGUCCGUGAUUAUGCCAAAAACGUUACACAUCAAUGAUGUGUAUAAUUAGGUUUAGAAAUCCAUUGUAAAAUUUUGAAGAUUAAGUAACGCAACGGAACAAAGUCAAUAUGAAACGUAUCUGUAACUAGACCUUAGAACUAAAUUGUGGGUUUUUCCAUGUAAUGUAUUGUGCAUAAGCUAACCCUAAAGUCUUGACUUGACACCUUCAAAGGCUUUAUGUGACACCACUAUAAAGUUUAGAAAGGUCAGAACUAUAGACUAGAAUUGUACUCAGACAACCCCUGACCACAGACAGACAAUUGAGUUUAUGACUGCCAAGACAGAAAUUUAUUAAAAAAAAAAGUUUUUCUUCAAACCCUAUUACUGUCUGGAUGUAGAUAUUCAUUAUGCUGUAUGUCGCUUUUUUUACCAUAUAUUUCUUGCAGAGCUCAUUUUGUGACCUUUUUUAAGUGUACACUACUGAUGCUGUUUGUUAUAUUGGGGAGCACUUAGCAAUAAAAAGCUUUAAUAUAGUGUA